AUGAUCAAUAUUAAAUGCUGGAAAAUGCAAUGUUACAAAUACGAACAAAUCGAAGAAGAUCAGUGUGACUCACGAAAUAAUGAUUGCGUGAAUGAUCUCCGACGAAACGCUGCAUUGGUAGUGAUCAAUUCACUUUUUCAUGACAUAUUCGACCACUUUCAAAUCAUGAACACACCAAAUAAUCAUCAUACACUUGUUUCAUCUUCUCCGACAAAUCCUUCCUGGCGUCUAACAACUCCUACACCGACGGUUGUUUCGCUUAUAAAUGAAUAUUCACCGACAAUUUACAUGGCAUCUCAACCAUCAUCAUCAACAACAACAGCAACAACAACGACAACUCUUAUUCGUCAAUCUUUACACACAGUACGUCAGGUAUCUCCAGCAUGUAUAUUAAUCAAUAAUAGUAAUACGACAAUAACUGGUCAAGUUCCGUCGAUCUCAUCAUCAUCAUCCGUGAAUAUUUCAAAUUUGCAAUCAAGUGUUUGUAUUGAUACGUCUAGUCUCGGACGACUAGCGACGCCAGCUAUAUCUGAACCAGUAGAAGAAAAGACAUCUUCGGCAAUUACUGAUGUUGAUGCGCCGAAUAAUUCUCAAGAUCCAGAAAUAGAAUUAUUUGUAAAUAAUAUCGUUUGUACAUUUGCACUUGGUUGUAAGUUAAAUCUCCGAAAGAUAGCUAUGGAAGCUGCAAAUGUUAUCUAUAACCGUGGCCAUGCUAUGGUUUUGAUGAAAAUCCGCAAACCAUAUUGUUCAGCUAACGUCUGGUCAUCAGGCAAAGUGACAGUAACAGGAACAACGAGUGAGGAUGAUGCUCAACGUGCCGCCCGACGGGUUGCUCGAUGUCUACAACGGCUUGGAUUCAAGACAAAAUUUCGAAAUUAUCGAAUUGUUAAUUGUCUCGCAACAUGUUCGAUGCCAUGGCAGAUUGAUAUUGUUAAAUUGAGUCAAAUGUACCCCGAAUGUGUCAGUUAUGAACCCGAAAUUCAUCCGGGUGCUACAGUCAGAUUGAACGAUAAAGCAGUUCUUAAAGUUUUCACUACUGGUAGUGUAACAUUGACAGCACCGUCCGUCGAACGUAUCAAUACAGCAAUAAAUGAAUUCUAUCCUCAAUUAUUCGAAUGUCGAAGACCGAGUCUUAAAAAUGAAUAA